GUCUUUCUGCCAAUUCCGAGAACUGUGCUGUCGGGAUUCUCAGAGUUAACUUUCCGAGAAUUGCUGGAGGACACUUCGUGGAACUCAACAGACCCCACGCUAUGGCCAACACAGCGGAUGGCUGCAUCCAAUUCACACGCCAUGCUGGAGAUGUGCUUUUCAACUUCAACUGCUUACGCAGCCGAAAUAUCAUGACCGAUGUCACUGUAACAGUCAAUGGCCAGCAGUUUCAGGCACACAAGACAGUUCUCAUUGCUUGCAGUGGGCUCUUCUACACUAUACUCACCAGCUCUGACAAAAACAUGAGCACCAUCAGCCUGGACCCCACAGUGGACUCUGUGGGCUUCUCAGCACUUCUGGACUUUAUGUACACUUCCUGUUUGGCCCUCAAUGACAGCUGCAUCCUCUCCAUCCUGACCACAGCCAUAUACCUCCAGAUGGAUCACGUGGUGGACACAUGUCAAAGAGUUGUCAAGACUAGAGGCUUACACCAACGGCAGCCAGUAGAGCAGGACUUGACACCUAUCUUCUGGCGGACUCGGGACCCAUCUCCCUCUACUUUCUCUGGGCACAGCGUUCCUCGUAGUCACAUCUACGGACGUGUCCCCAUUCCCCAGGGGCAAGCGGCUCCUUACUGGCACAUCCCCGAUCGCAGUGACGCACCUCUGCGAAUUGCGAAUCUAUCUAAAAUGAGGCGUCUCCACUCCACGUUCGACAGCAACCUUGUUAUGCAUCCCCUCUCAUCUCUGUCCACCGUGGACAACCAGAUGCAACCACCUUGGUCUGUGGCCCACCCCAAGCAGGGGCGUAACCAGACGCGGGCGGACGACACAGACUGCCGCAAACUCCGGGAGGUGAAGAGGCACGAGGAGGAAGAGGAGCAGGAAGACCUCCCGCGGAGUCCUCACAGGUCGGACUGCCAGCCCAGCUCCCCCAUGGAGUCCAGCAGCUGCAGCAAGGAGGUGGCGUCUCCUGGCACCUCCUCCUCCCCCCUCAGCCCUCACAACAGACAGGGAGAACCUAAGGUCCACUACUGGAAGAAGCACAAGUUCAUUGUGCUGAACGCCUCUCAAGAGAAGGAGCAGCAGAGCGAAGAAUCUACCUCACAGACUAGCCAAGGGGAGAAGAAGGAACAGGAGGAUCGGCUUCAACAGGUCAGACGGCUUAAUAGCAUCAGCAGGAUAUCUGAAGAGGGCCAUCAGGGAUUGGACUCCGCAAAACUACAGGCUGAAUGUUCAGAAUCAAAUUGCAUUGUGUCAGAAAACGUAGGCAACUUUUGCAAGGAAUGUGACUUGCCAAUCACAGAGGGCGUUUGUCACCAACACUCUCUUCAGGGCCACGGUGACAAACCAUACAAAUGUGACAACUGCCCCGCGACCUUCAGCUGCAAAGGUCAUCUUGCUAGCCACAAGUCUCUUCACAUGGGAGAGAAACCUUACCGCUGUUCUGUUUGUGGAGCUCAGUUUAACAGACCAGCAAACCUGAAGACCCACAGCCGGAUCCACUCGGGCGAAAAGCCGUACAAAUGCGAAACAUGUGGCGCUCGCUUUGUGCAGGUGGCACACCUCAGGGCCCACGUUCUCAUUCACACCGGAGAGAAGCCGUACCCCUGCGACGUGUGCGGCUCGCGUUUCCGUCACCUGCAGACCCUGAAGAGUCACAAGCGCAUACACACAGGAGAGAAGCCCUAUCAGUGUGACCACUGCAAGUUACCCUUUCGCCACAAGAGCCAGCUGAGGCUUCACCUCCGUCAGAAGCACGGCGCUGUGACCAGUGGCAGAACUCCGCAUCUUAGACCUGGCAGUGCCCUUCACCCUCAUGCAGUCAGCCCCCACUGAGCAGAGUGAACCUGGCUGAUGCUUAUACUCAGGGUUCAAGUUUAUAUUUUUAUAGCCCAUCAGUGGUGCAGACAACCCAAAUAUCUUUCCGUUAUUACAGGGCUAAAUGCGAUGGUAGAAAAUGACUACUUCAUGUUUCACUUUUUAAUGUGCAGUGCCACUGAUUAGCGAUGAAUUGGCUACUGUAGUAAGAGAUGAUUGUUUUUUUUUUACAUUGUUAUUAUGUACUGGUACUUGCUACCUUGUUUUUCAUUUGUGUGUGUAAAAGUGUAGAUAUUUGUAAAUAUUUAACAGUCUAAAAUUUUGUAUUUAAAACAAUCCAAAAUUAAGAAAUGUGAACUAUUUUUUUACUAGAAUUAUGCCUAAUAUGACUUGUAUCUGUAACAUCAGUCAAGGGUACUGUAUUGGUGUGGUACAUCUGAUUGUACUCAGCCAGCCAUGAGCAUGCAACUCGUCCUUUGUCCAAACCCAUUGAGAUAUUGGUCCAGCGUCCAAUGAUGCCCUGUGCUUCCAUGCAGUCUGACACAUGGAGGAGGUAUCAGUGGUUGCAACAUGGCACCCACUGCUUUGGGUUGUGGCGCUGGCUCACGAGCACCACUGGGCGGGAGUAUGAUGCAACAAAAUGCAAUAGCCAUGCACUGAGUGCUUGUACUGCUGUGAAGCAUUUCUUGCAUGCAUGCAAGGCCGUGUCACACUUUAAAGGUCUCAUGGCUGUCUUUUCGUAUACAACAGUGUACUCUAGCUGUAUUUCCUCUUUAGCUGGUUUCGGUUACUAAAUCAGCAUCACCUGACUUUUAUAUGACAUAAAUAUUACAAAAUA